AUGAUGGCUUCCAAGGGAGACACCCAGCCUUCUCCUGUGAUGACUCCUGAAAAGGUCUCGAGCUCUCUUGAUCCAAUACCCAUCGAAGAGAUACCGCUGGAGAAUAUGCAGAAAAGCCGCUGGGAGCGCAGUUGGCCAACCAUUGCUUGCGGCGCCGGUCUCUUUUCUGACGGGUAUCUCAAUGGAGUCAUUGGACCGGUCAAUACCAUGCUAAGCAAGAUUUACCCUGACACGUACAAAAACUCCCCUGCCAGCAGGAAUGUCUCUUCCAUUGUCUUUGCAGGAACCGUGCUUGGUCAACUUAUUUUCGGCUAUGUCAGUGAUCAUUGGUCGAGGAAGUGGGCUUUGAUGGUCUCCACGGUGAUUUUGAUCAUUUUCAGUGCGCUCUCUGCCGGCUCCUACGGAGCUCAUGGUAGCCAAGCUGGUUUGUUCGCCGCUCUGACCGCGUAUCGGUUCUUCCUAGGAAUCGGAAUAGGUGGGGAGUAUCCUGCAGGCAGUGUAGCAGCAGCAGAAAGCACGGGCGAGCUGAAGAGCGGCCAUCGCAAUCGCUGGUUCAUCAUGUUCACGAACUUCCAGAUUGACUUUGGAUUCGUCGUAUCUUCUCUGGUUGCCAUGAUUUUGAUGUUGAUAUUUACGGAGAACCACAUGCGUGCUGCUUGGCGUGUGGCUCUAGGACUAGGCGUCAUUCCGCCUCUGAGUCUGUUUUACUUGCGAUUGAAGUUGGACGAGCCGGAGGAAUUCAACAGGCAGCGCAUGCACAAGUUCCCUAUCUGGUUAAUUAUAAAGUAUUACUGGAAGCGCCUGCUUGUGGUCUCCCUGAUUUGGUUCAUCUAUGAUUUUUCGGCCUAUUCGUUCGGCAUCUACUCGUCCGAAUGGCUUUCAAUCAUCCUGGGCGACAGCGCUCCUCUCUGGAAGACUUUUGGGUGGAGCACAGUCACCAAUCUUUUCUACAUCCCAGGUGCUUUUCUGGGUGCACUGACGAGCGACUGGAUCGGUCCGCGCAACACGUUGGCUCUCGGAGUUGCCCUGCAGGGUAUCGUCGGCUUUAUCAUGGCGGGCUGCUACGUAUAUCUUCGGGAGGCAAAAAAUGUUGCUGCGUUUGUCGUUGUCUAUGGCAUCUUCUCAUCUCUCGGUGAAUUCGGACCUGGGGACAAUAUCGGUUUAUGUGCUGCAAAGACCAGUGCAACUUCCAUCCGUGGCCAAUACUACGCGAUCGCAGCCGCAUUUGGCAAGAUAGGCGCUUUUGUUGGCACUUAUGUGUUUCCGAUAAUCCAAAAUAACGCUCCCAAUGCCGUGCGCCAAGGACAAGAUCCUUACUUUGUCAGCAGCUCCUUAUGCAUCUUCAGCGCUUUUCUGGCCUACUUCAUGCUGCCACCUAUUGGGCAGGAUACAAUUACCGAAGAGGACGCCAAGUUCCGUGCUUACCUCGAAGCUCAAGGUUAUGAUACCUCAACUCUGGGAAAUAACCGUCCACAACAUUGA